AUCCCGUCUGAUUUUCUGUUUACAGACACAUCAUGGAUCUCAAAAACAGGGAAAAGCAGCUGUAAGAAAGGAGCCGGCUUUGUUACAGCCAUAAUCUCGACCAAGGUAAACGCUGUUAGACAUGGCAACUCUCAGCAGUACCAAUGAAGAGACUUUGGAGGAGAAUCAGCACAGUGAAGAUGUAAAGGAGGAACCGAGCGAGCUGAGGGGUCCUGCCCCAGUAACAUCCGAGACGCUACUCCCACAAGAUGUGUUAUGUGACUCUUGCAUGGACAGCCCCAGUAAGGCCCUCAAAUCCUGCCUGACCUGUUUGGUGUCUUACUGCGAGGCCCAUCUGAGACCUCAUCUGGAAAAAGCCAAGUUUCAAAACCAUCGCCUGGUAGAUCCCCUACAUGAGAUCGACUGCAGGACUUGUGAGGUUCAUCAACUUCCCGUUGAACGCUUCUGCUUGAUGGAUGGCUGCUGUGUGUGUCCAGACUGUGAGACACAGGAGCAUCAAGGGCACACGUCUGCAUCUGUGGGGGAGGCACGCAUACAGAUUGAGGCUGAUCUUCAGAAGAAGCAAAAAGAGAUAGGUCAGAGUGCUGCAGCAGCUGAGAAAGUGAUUGAUAAACUACAAAGCAACAAUGAAAUAAUCAAAUCUUCGGUGCAGGAGGUUUGUGUUAUUGUUGAAGAGCAGUUCAGCAGGCUACUGAUGACUGUGGAGGAGGCCAGAAAAGGGGCGGCGGAGGUGCUGGAAGGAGAGAAAAGACGGGCACUAAAACAGGCAGAGGGCAUCCAGGCACAUCUGGAGCAGAAGAGAACAGAGCUGAUGAAAACUUUGGCUGAAAUGAACAAACUGUCCAAGUGCAAGUCUGAUGUUGACUUUCUGCAGGAGUACUCAGAGUGGAAGAAACGACCAGCAGAUGUGUGUCUGCCAACUGCAAAUGUCAAGCGCAUGGACCAUCUGACCUCCUAUGUUCAAGUAGUGACUGAUGCCACACAAGAGCUGUGUGACCUGGUUUUGUCUUCAUACAGGGAAAAACUCGACCUGGUGUGGAAAAGUUGUACCAAAUCCCAAAUGCCGGAAUCUCCAGCUUCAUCCCUGCCUGAUCCUGAGACAAGAGAGGACUUUUUAAAAUACACCAGGAGUUUGACCUUUGACCCGGACACUAUCCAUAAUUUCCUUCGUGUGAGGGAGGACAACAGAAAGCUAACCAACACUAGCCCCUGGCAGCACAGCUACCCAGACCACCCUGCUCGCUUUGAGUACUGGCGACAGGCGAUGACUGUGGAGAGCCUUUACCUGGGGAGGCACUAUGUUGAAGCACAGCUGAGUGGAGAAGGUGCGCAUGUAGGUGUUACUUACAAGAGCAUCGAUCGAAAGGGGGAGCAAAGCACCAGCUGCAUUACUGGGAAUGACUUCUCCUGGUGUGUUGGAAGGAACAGCAGAGGUUUCUUUGCCUGGCAUGAUGGUGUGGAGAUUUGCUUGGAAGUCACUGAUACAACAAAAAUUGGCUUCUAUGUUGACUUCGAGAGGGGCACUGUCUCUUUCUAUGAUAUCACUGGUCCUAUCAAGCUUCUCUGCAAGUAUGCAGCUAAUUUCACAGAGCCCUUAUAUGUUGUCACCUGGCUAUCAAAGAAAGACAAUGUGGUUUCUCUCCUUGAUGCAAAGUGAUGCCACUUCUCAGAGUGUAAUCUACCUUUACUUGAGCUCUUACAGAAAAAGGUGGGGCUUUAUGGAUGUUUUUUAAGGUUACAUAACAAGGUACAAAAGUUAAGGCACAGAUGCAAGAUUUUUUACAUGCAUGUCAUUGAAAGUUAAAUUUACUACCAUCUAGUGGUGACUCCGUUGCAUGAACCAGUGCAGCAGAUGUGUUGACAGUUUACUGCGGCUUUAUUGCAGCUUUAUUGCUCUUGAAUGUGAUAUGAAUGAGGGGAAAAAGCACACAAAUCUCAGGCAAUAAUUAUUUUAUUUGUCUAAAGUCCAUUUGGUUGUAAAAAUGUAUUUGCAACACUGAAUUAUUAUGAGGCCAACAGAGGACUUAUUGUUUCACAGGGUUAAUAAAUCCAUCAAUUUAAUACCUUUGAAACAAUUUGAGAACAUUUAUUUUAUCAAGCAUUAAAAUCAGUUUCAUUGUCAUCAUAGACUGGAUUCACAAAGUGCACACCUGACUGGGUCAUUGAGAUUGAAGUAUUUGUUUCAGUCCCAUACAGACCAGGAAUAUCAGGCAUCAUGUUGGGCCUGUCGAACAUGGGAUUGUCAUAGCCAUGGUCAAGAGUCCCACCAAGCUCUCCAACGUCACUGUGUCUCUUAAAUCGACUCAGGGAUGGCAUUGAAGGCAUAGAAGGCAUUGAUGGCAUAGAAGGCAUAGAUGGCAUAGAAGGCAUUGAUGGCAUUUGUACAAACCCUUUACGAAGCAAUAUAACCAAAAUGACGAUGAGUAAAAUCAAAAUGAAAACUCCAAAAACAGCUCCAACGACAACCCCAGCAUUGCUUCCAGAAUUAUUGCUGCUGCCCCCCGAGGAAGCUUGAAAUUCAGCUUCAGUGAUUCCCAAGCUGGAGCCAUGAGAACUAGCAUCCUUCACUAUGUCUCCGGCCAGAUUUUCUGCCAAUGUUCCCUUGUCUCCGUCCAGGAUAACCACCUGAAUCUCAGGUGUGGUGCCAAAAGGGAUGAUCCUCAGCAACUCCUGUGACUUGAAGACUUUAGACAUGCCUAGCUGGAUGGAUUUGUAUUUAGGUUGGAUGAGAAAUAGGUGAUGGACCCGUUGUCUGUAGUUCUGUAAGUUGAAGGUCGUGGAGAACUUGAUUGUCACAAUUGCACCACAAACUUUACAGCAGUGUCCAACAGGGAGGAGUGCUGUCUUACAGUUCAGAGAGCCACAUUUAACAGUGCCACAGAUCCGCAUGUGGUUUACAGAAUUCCCACAUUCACAGCCGGAAGGAUCCCCACAACCUUGGCUUCCGACACCUACUGCAGAUGAACCGUGAAACUGCAGCUGGCCUGAGCACGAGCUGAGGUACUUGGAGAACUCGGAACUGCUUUCAAACUUCUUCCCAAGCACAGACACAGAUUUGACAGGGAUGUUAGGCAGAUUUGAGCUGGUGUCCACUCUGAAAGAGGAGCGAUCUUUGAAAACCACAUCAUCAUGCUGGCAGGGGACGCUCUCCUCGUGAACAGAGAAUAAGACUUGCCCAUGCAACAGGUCAUCCAGGGUUGCAGCUGCCUGCCACAGAGCUGGGUUGAACCACUGGAGAGCCUCUGAAUCUUUAAACUUGGUUGUAACACCCUGCCCACAGCCUGGUUCUUGUCCACUCACCACAUAAAAUCCAGCUCCAGAAUUCAGAAUGAACUCCCCAUCAACCGGUAGCCUCAUCUCCCUUACAGCGUGUGAUGUCUCCACAAACACAGACACUUUUCUCUGAGCUGGAAACUGAACUGUGUCGCUGCCACAUGGGACAUCAUCUUUGUCCCAGUUGGUCUUGUUCUCAAAGUUGGUGUCAGGAAUCCACUGUUUGUACAGGGCACUUGCUGCCCCGAUAAGACAGAGGAGAAGAAGCAGGUCUGAUGUUUUCAGCAUCCUGAGUGUUUGUGACAGACUUAGAGAAUAUUUGAUGACCUUUGUUUCUGACCGUGUGACUAACACGAGUGCACACAGCUCAUCAGUUAAACUGAAUUUGAUGACCAUAAAAACCUGCACAAACAGGUGACCUGUCAAAGAUUUACAAGUUCUGUUGUAACACUCCUGCAAAUUGUAUCGUUCAAGCCUUUUUCCCUUUGUUUAGUUUGCUUGUCAAAAUAUCUGAAACACUCAAAGUAAUUUCUAAAAUUUGUGUUGAUGCUUUGUCUCAUACUUUUUAUCAUAACAAUGUUUUGGAGAACCAAAACUUUUGCUAAGUGCUCCUGGUAAAUGAUUAGGAACUAAGGAGUUCUUGAAGCUUGCAGGGAUAACACUUCCAAAGAUCCCACUCCCAAUCAGUUCUAUGAUCUCCCUCAGUGACUUUGGAGUCAGCCAAAAAACUCUGUUAAAGUGUUCCCCAUGCACUUUUAUCCAGUGCUUUAAGUGUGCCAGUACAUGCUGCAGUAUCCGUUCCUGUCCUGUAUUACUUUUUAUCUUGGUGUUUCAUAAUGUCCCCUAAAAUAUAUAACCCAUGGUGUCUAGUGAAAGCCUGAUGACUUCUUUGCACCACACACCAAAGCUACUGUAUACAUUUUACCUGAUGGAAAACGGUAUAUAAGGGCAUGGCAAUGCAGAAGUUCUUAGUUUGUGUAACACAAGGAAGUAGGUUUUUCAAUAAAUGUAUGUUGUGAAAAUCA